AUGGCGGCGGAAUUGGCGGCUUCGAUUGUCGCGGCGGCUUCUACGUUGCAUGAGCAACACACGGAGCGCAAGCUUGUCCGCGUGAGAGAGGGCUUCGUCCGCGGUGGUGAUGCUAAGUUCGAGGACAUCCCGCGGGAGCUUAAGGCAAUUUGGCACGAGCAGAAAGAAUUUGAAUUCGGAGGAGAGACCUUUGAAAGAGGUGAAACCGUGCAAGUGCCGCUCGCAAAGAUGCUCGCGGAGGGUUGGACCGUCGAGCGCGAGAUCAAGCCCGCGGCGGACGUCUCAUACCUCGUGCUCGCGCGAACGGCGCCGCGCCCGCGCCCGGGGCCGCCGGCCGCGGGCGGCGUCUAG